GCGGAUAGGGGCGGGGCGCGGGGCUGCUUCCGGUUGGGCGGUGCUCGUGCGCGUGAGCUGAGCCGGUGGGUGCACAGCGGCCACGGCAACCCAGGCUGUGGGUUUACGGGAGAAGAUCCGCCGAUCAUGGACCUGCGGCAGUUUCUUAUGUGCCUGUCCCUGUGCACAGCCUUUGCCUUGAGCAAGCCCACAGAAAAGAAGGACCGUGUACAUCAUGAGCCUCAGCUCAGCGAAAAGAUUCACAAUGAUGCUCAGAGUUUUGAUUAUGACCAUGAUGCCUUCUUGGGUGCCGAAGAGGCAAAGACCUUUGAUCAGCUGACACCAGAAGAGAGCAAGGAAAGACUUGGAAUGAUUGUAGAUAAAAUAGACGCGGAUAAAGAUGGGUUUGUGACGGAGGGGGAGCUGAAAUCCUGGAUUAAGCACGCCCAGAAGAAAUACAUAUAUGACAAUGUUGAAAACCAGUGGCAGGAGUUUGAUAUGAAUCAAGACGGCUUAAUCUCCUGGGAUGAGUACAGAAACGUGACUUAUGGCACUUACCUGGAUGAUCCAGACCCUGAUGAUGGAUUUAACUAUAAACAGAUGAUGGUUAGAGAUGAGAGGAGGUUUAAAAUGGCAGACAAGGAUGGAGACCUCAUUGCCACAAAGGAGGAGUUCACAGCUUUCUUGCAUCCUGAGGAGUACGACUACAUGAAAGAUAUAGUAGUGCAGGAAACAAUGGAGGACAUAGAUAAGAAUGCUGAUGGUUUCAUUGAUCUAGAAGAGUAUAUCGGUGACAUGUACAGCCAUGAUGGAAAUGCUGAUGAGCCAGAAUGGGUAAAGACGGAGCGAGAGCAGUUUGUUGAGUUUCGAGAUAAGAACCGUGAUGGAAAGAUGGAUAAGGAAGAGACCAAAGACUGGAUCCUCCCCUCAGACUACGAUCAUGCAGAGGCAGAAGCCAGGCACCUUGUCUAUGAAUCAGACCAAAACAAGGAUGGCAAGCUUACAAAGGAGGAGAUUGUUGACAAGUAUGAUCUGUUUGUUGGCAGCCAGGCCACAGAUUUUGGGGAGGCCCUAGUACGGCAUGAUGAAUUCUGAGCUGCAGACAGAGGAACCCGCAUUUCUUCGAAAGUAAUUUAUUUUUACAGCUUCUGGUUUCACAUGAAAUUGUUUGCGCUACUGAGACUGUUAUUACAAACUUUUUAAGACAUGAAAAGGCAUAAUGAAAACCAUCCCGUCCCCAUUCCUCCUCCUCUCUGAGGGACUGGAGGGAAACCGUGCUACAGAGGAACAACUCUAAUUAGUAUACUUGUGUUUGUAGAUUUCCACUUUGUACGGUGUAUAACAUGGUGUGUUUAUUUUUGUAUUUGUUCUCUGGUUGGGAGUAUGGUGAUAUGAAGGAUCAAGAUCCUCAACUCCACUCAUAGGCAAACAUUAGCCUUUACUCUUUCUCAACCUUUGAUAUGUAAUUUUUAUAACUCUCACUUAACUAAUUUUUGUAAGCCUGAGAUCAAUAAGAAGUGUUCAAGAGAGAGAAAGGGAAAAAAAAUACACCCCACAAUUUAUAUUUAGAGAGGUAGCAAUCAAUCUUGCAUAGCACAAAGUCUGAAGUUUCAGUUAGUAAACUGAAUGGAAAAUGGGCCGUGUUUUCCAUUCAGUUGCCACAGCUCCAGCCUCUGAUCCUGCCAGUAUUUGGGCAAGGACAGAGCCCUGUGCUGUAGGAAAGCUUGGCUGAACUUGAUUUUAGUCCUCUUUGUCCCCUACAGGAC